AUGCCUGAUCUGGGCCUACCACCUCCUACGGUUAGCGAUAUCUUUCGUUAUCGUUACCAGCAUGGGACAAACCUCGGAUCCAUGUUUAUGCAUGGUCCAUGGUUGGACAACAAUGUCUCUGAGAGGGAUCUGGACGGCUCAAAGGAGCUAGAAGCACUGAAGAGAGAUGUCGCACGCUGUAACUCUAUACGUAUACCUAUAGGGUUCUACACCUUUGGGCCUACCUUCUGUUUAGGUACUGGCUUCGAAGGGGAGCCAUCUCUGGUAUAUAACAAUUGCUGGAACAUCCUAAAGCGUCUGAUUGUCCAAUGCUCUAAUCACGGAAUUGGAGUUCUGAUUGACCUUAAAAGCAUCCCAGGUGGCAAGGAUAAAUAUGGUGAGGAAAACAGCGAGAAGGAAAUCACAUUCCAUGACCUGUGGGGAGUGAUUGGGGUACAAAUAUCUAGCGAGAAGGAUUGGCGAACCUGGGGACAUGACUGGUAUGACGAGGUUCUUGAAAUCACUAGUUCGAUCGACCCCACCUUGCCCAUCUAUAUCAAUGACGGCCAAAACCUCCACGCUGCCUUGGAUUAUGCAAUAUUGAAGAACAGACUUCCAGCCCCAGUGGGACGGAGUCCCAUCAUUGUGGAAUCGCACAAGCAUUUUACCUCGGAAUCAGAUCGGUCUCUAGGACCACGAGCCAUUAUUGGACGCGUCUCCGACGAACUUACAGAACUCGCGGCCCACCACGACAAGGUUGUUUCGCAAGGAAUAGCUAUAGAUGUCUAUGUUGGCGAGUGGAGUUGCGUUAUGGACGAUCAGACAUGGAAGCGUGUGGACAUGUCCGAACGACCGGAGUUGACCAAACGUUUCGGCCAAGCACAAGCCCGACAAUGGGCUUCCAAAGCCUGCGGGUCCGCUUUCUGUAGCUUCAAACCAAACGGCAUGUAUGAUGCCGAUAUGGACUACGAGCGACAAGUCAGUACUGGCGCCAUACCGUCGCCAGUUUGGCUCACAUUUCCCCGUCUGAAGGUCCUCGCCAAACUUGAUCAGGCGGAGUCUCAGCGAGCAGAGCUCAAAAACAAAUUUCUGUCCCAGACUUCUGCAUCUACGAGCCCGCAUGGACGUCGCCGCUUUUGCCUCGGCUGGGACCUGGGUUUUAGCGACGCAUUGAACUUCUUCGCAGCGAUGGCUCGAGAUAUACUACCCGGCCACAGGGUCGGAGGAGAUAAAAUCGGCGCCAUGGAAUUAUGGAUCCGAAAACGCGUAAUGGAGGCAUCUUGUCUCGGCGAGGAUCUCGACUUAGAGUGGGAGAAUGGCUUCAGAACCGGUGUUGACGACUUUUAUAAUACCGUCGGCAUCUAA